CGUUAAUCAAGGUGUUUGAUUUAAAAUCUGAGUUUAUUCGUAAAAGACUUGGCAAUGGCAAAAAGGUCGUUAUCUCUCGUUGGUCUCGGGUGGAUAACGUUAUUCAUACUUUACUGGUUGCAAGUUGGUCUUUUCGUUUCAUUUUUGGUGAUACAUCUGGACAACUAUGCAUAUGCGGCGUGGUUUAUUUUAUUUGUACCGGCAUUUGUUUUGAUACUUGUCUUCUUUCAUACUAACGAGCAAUCGUACGCAGACAACGACGAAAAUGUUCGGGGCGUUUGGAUUAUUUGGGGAACAUACAUCGUUGCUUAUUUCAUUACAGUUGCCGUGAUUUUUGGGAAGGUCGCACACAAACUUACUAAAGAUGAAGAUCUUGGGAUCAAUGCACUGUUGGGUACGCUGUGUAUUACCCCAGGGUUGCUGGUCCUCCUACUACAGCUCAUGAUUUGUCCGUCUUACCGAAAGCCUGUCUUGUCGUUGUCUAUAUUUUCUGCGUUGAAUAUCUUCGACGGCAUUGAGAUGUUGGAAAUAUUCUUGAUGCAAAAGGAGGGAAACUUUGAUUUAGAGAAGGAUAUAGAAAUAUGCAUUGUUUUCUUCGCCUGCUUUUGUUUCCUUCUCUCACCAAUUGGUUUGAUUCGAAAUAAGUUCAUGGUUGAUGGCACAGUUAAAGAAAGAAAAGAAACGUCCAUGGUUCUCGGUCCACUGGAAAUAAUCGGCACUAACCUCCCGUUCUUGGUGUUGCGUGCCAUCAUUUGGCAUAAAUACGAAGCUGCUAUCUUUAUUGCGAAGAAUGCUGUCGCUCUAGUCGUUGGCGGAGUUGAGUUCUUCAUCCUUGCAGGGACGUGCAAAUGUGAAGGAAAACCACGGGGACAAGAGUUCAAUGUUUGAAAAUAUGGAUACUACUGGAUGUGACUGUGCCCAAUUAUCUAUGUAGAAAAUAAAGAUACUUUGUGUUUCUGUUUAAAACUUUAGGUUUGUAGCUGAAAAUUGGACAUUUGAUAUGUAGGAAACAUUUGAAAAUAUAGAUAUUGUCCUAAUCCCAAAUUAGCUAUGUAGAUGAAUAAUUCGCCACUUAAAUAAAAUUUAUGUAUGUAUAUUUUAAAUAUUUAGUACAUUUUCAUACAUGUACUUCUACUACACUUGGUGGUAACUGCAAUAAUAAUUAUAAUUAAUUGAUGUUUAUUUUUUGGUGGUUAUGAUUAUGGUGAUAAUGGUGAUGAUGGUGGUGGUGG